AUGGCUCAGCCGGUCGGCCCGGAGGGCGGCGAGGGGCCUCCGGACGCCGGGGCGGCCGAUGGCUCGCAGGACGCGCUGAGUCUGGAGGAGAUCCUGCGGCUGUACAGUCAGCCCAUCAACGAGGAGCAGGCGUGGGCCGUGUGCUACCAGUGCUGCGGCUCUCUGCGCGCCGCGGACGCCGGCCGCCGCCAGCCCCGCCGCCGGGUGCGCUCGGCCUCACAGAUCCGCCUAUGGAGGGACGGCGCCGUCACCUUGGCGCCCGCCACCGGCGACGCGGGUAAAGUGGAAUAUUCACAUUGUACAGAAACUGAGGUUAUCGAAUCUUUGGGAAUUAUUAUUUAUAAGGCACUGGACUAUGGCUUGAAGGAGAAUGAAGAAAGGGAGUUAAGCCCCCCACUGGAGCAGCUCAUUGAUCGAAUGGCCAACACAGUAGAGGCUGAUGGCAGCAAUGAUGAGGGCUACGAGGCUGCGGAUGAGGGUCUGGAGGAGGAUGACGACGAAAAGAGGAAAGUCUCAGCCAUCCGGUCCUAUAGAGAUGUCAUGAAGUUGUGUGCUGCUCAUCUCCCGACUGAAGCAGAGGCACCAAAUCAUUACCAGGCAGUAUGUCGUGCACUGUUUGCAGAGACGAUGGAGCUGCAUACGUUUCUGACCAAAAUCAAGAGUGCGAAGGAGAAUCUAAAGAAGAUUCAAGAAAUGGAGAAGAGUGAUGAAUCGAACACAGACCUGGAAGAGCUGAAAAAUGCUGACUGGGCUCGGUUCUGGGUGCAGGUGAUGAGGGAUUUGCGGAAUGGAGUAAAGCUCAAGAAGGUCCAGGAGCGGCAGUACAACCCACUGCCCAUUGAAUAUCAGCUCACCCCAUACGAGAUGCUAAUGGAUGACAUUCGAUCCAGAAGAUACACUUUGCGAAAAGUGAUGGUGAAUGGUGAUAUUCCCCCUCGGUUAAAAAAAAGUGCUCAUGAAAUCAUCCUGGACUUCAUCCGAUCAAGGCCUCCUUUAAAUCCAGCCUCAGCCAGAAAACUGAAACCUACUCCACCGCGGCCCCGGAGCCUCCACGAAAGGAUCCUGGAAGAGAUCAAGGCUGAGAGGAAGCUGCGGCCUGUGUCCCCCGAGGAGACCAGACGCAGCAGGCUUGCAGUGCGGCCACUUAGCAUGUCUUACAGUUUUGACUUGUCAGAGGUGACAACCCCUGAAUCUCCCAAGAAUGUUGCAGAAUCGUCCAUGGUGAAUGGAGGUGUGGCGUCACAGCCCAGAGAAGGUGGGUCAGGAGCCGCCCAGCAGGUGCCCGUGCCGCGGAAGAAGCUCCUCAAAGCCCCAACGCUGGCUGAGCUGGACAGCUCCGACUCGGAGGAGGAGACCCUGCCCAGGUCUGCCAGCAGCAGCAGUGCAUCUCCCUCCUUCCUGGAAGACCCCUUCCUAGAGACUGUGUCCACAAGGAAGAACCCUCCCAAGUUUUUGCCCAUAUCCUCCACACCUCAGCCUGAGCGACGGCAGCCGCCCCAGAGACGACAUUCCAUUGAGAAGGAAACACCCACUAACGUGAGACAGUUCCUGCCGGCAUCCAGGCAGAGCUCCCGGUCUCUCGAGGAGUUCUGCUACCCGGUGGAGUGCCUGGCACUGACUGUGGAGGAGGUGAUGCACAUUCGUCAGGUCCUGGUCAAAGCAGAGCUGGAAAAGUACCAACAGUACAAAGAUGUCUACACGGCUCUGAAAAAAGGAAAGCUCUGCUUUUGUUGCCGAACCAGAAGGUUUUCCUUCUUCACCUGGUCUUAUACCUGUCAGUUCUGUAAGAGGCCGGUGUGCUCACAGUGUUGCAAAAAGAUGCGGCUGCCCUCCAAGCCAUACUCCACCCUUCCUAUCUUUUCACUGGGACCGUCUGCCUUGCAGAGAGGGGAAAGCUGUAUGAGGCCAGAAAAAUCCUCCACUGGCCACCAUCGGCCACUUCGGAGCAUUGCCAGAUUGUCCUCAAAAUCCAAGUCGGUGGACAAAUCAGAUGAAGAACUCCAAUUUCCCAAAGAGCUGGUGGAGGACUGGAGUGCUAUGGAGGUGUGUGUGGACUGCAAAAAGUUCAUUUCUGAAAUCAUCAGCUCAAGCCGCCAUAGUCUGGUGUUGGCCAACAAGAGAGCCCGAUUGAAGAGGAAGACGCAGUCCUUCUACAUGUCCUCAGCAGGCCCGUCAGAGUACUGCCCCUCAGAGAGGACCAUCAGUGAGGUCUGA